AAAUAAACUGCCUUCCCGCGCGCUUAAACCGGUUCAACAAGACGUCCACAUUCACGGAUAAUCUAACAAAAUGGACGAGCUUUAUUUGGAUAACAUUGACGAAUUUGUCAACGACCAGGAUAAGAUAGUGACCUAUAAAUGGCUAAGUCUCACUUUGGGAGUCCAUGUCAACACAGCCAAACAAAUGCUCUUCCAUUAUUUGGAUCACAAGAGAAAGGAAAGUUCGGCGCAGCUCCAUGCCACCUACCUCGUGUCGGGGAAGUCUGUGGACAAGGGGCAAACGAGUCACAAGGUGUCCGUUGUCAAAGAGGAGCAGUUGGAAGAUUUCAAAUCCAAGAUGAGCUUGAUAGUCAGUGUCCACGUCUACAGUGUCCAGAAAGCUUUACUGAAAGACAGCGGUCCCCUCUACAGCGUAGACUAUGAUGCCGUGAAAGACAAUCUGAAGAACUGCAGCAAAUACAGUGCGAUCAGCUGCGCCAGUGCCGUGCCCAACUCCUCUCUGGACAGGCGAGAGAAAUCCAGCGAGCUCCUUCACCGGAGCCUGAAAACAAAAUCCGCCGUGAAUGGGAACGCUAAUCUGACUUCAAAACAUUCUGCCAAGAAAGGCAUCAUGGGAAUGUUUGGGAAUAAGGCUGCUGCUAAGAAUCAGGACAACGGCAAAGAUGUGAAGUCGGAGCAGAAGGACGACGCACCUGUGGAUGAUGCCCCCAAAAGCAAACCAGCUCUAAAAGCCAAUCCUAUGAUGAACUUCUUCGGGAGUCAAGCAGCAAAGAAACCAGAUAAAACAGUGAAGCAGGAGGAAGCAGCUCCAUCAUCAUCAUCAUCAUCAUCAUCAGCAGCAGCAGCAGCAGCAGCAGCAGCAGCAGCAGAGCAGCAGCGUCACACUUCACAGCCUGAAGAAAAACAAGCUGCUGCUGCUGCAGUGGAGCCGCCUAAAGAAACCAAGAAAGACCCGAGGAGCAAAACCAAGCGAAUCCAGGAUUCUGACAGCGAGGACGAGAAAAUGGACAAGAAAAAGAGACGAAGGAUUAAGAAGCCUGUUCCCGACAGCAGCGAUGAAGAUGUCAUUCCAGAUUCUCCGCAGCAGAUGGAAACUAGAGCACCGUCACCGAGUCGUAACACGGAGGUCAAGUCUGUUUCACGUUCACAUAAAGGAGACGUUGAGAUGAAGACGAGGAAGAGGAGACGAGUCCUGAAGGCUCGCACCUUUUUAGACGAUGAAGGAUGCAUCGUGACGGAGAAAGUCUACGAGAGCGAAUCGUACUCUGAGACAGAAGAUGAGUUUCAGGCUCCCAAACAAGCUCCAAAACAUCUGUUCCCUGCGAAGCUGCCAGCAAGUAACAAACAGGAUGAGAAGAAAGGUCAGAAGAAGAAUUCUGCAAGUGCAAAUAAAGGAACAAAACAAGCUUCAAUUAUGGGAUUCUUCCAAAAGAAGUGAUGGCGGGCACGGGGGAACGACGAGCACGGGGGAACGACCAGCACUGCGGCAGACUCACUGUGACGAUGUUUUGCUGAAACAAAUCACUUCUCAAAACGACUUCAACUACACGGACAUGUCCAAAUCAGGAGGACGACUAUUUUACUUUUCAACAUGACCAGCUGUGAACACAUGAUCUACUCAAUAAACAUUCAAUCCUCAAACAAGUGUGUGAUUAACAUGAAACGUGCGGGAGGACAAGUGAUGAGUCUGUCGUGCAGAAAUGAUGCUCUGUCAUAUUUACCACAUUCUCAGGUUUUUUGUUUUAAUGUCAUGUGACAGGUGCAACUAUAUUACAUUUCAAAUCCCUGAAUUUGUCUAAAACCUCAAAUGUGAAAUAUCAAAGUGUUUAAUAAUAAUUUACAAUCCUUCACCAGUGUAAUCUAAUCUUAAACUUGUAUCAGCAGCAUGUUAAAUCGUUUAUUAUUGUGUAUGUUCAACCCACAUUUGAACAGUUCAGCUUCAGUGCACAUCUGGAGAGAAGAGUUUCCUCACGACAGACAUCAGUAGGGAUGCAACUAAGGAUUCUUUUAAUUAUCAAUCUCUCUCUACACUUCUGUGGCCACCAUUUAAAGAGGGUUAAAGUCUGUGUCUGGAUGCUGAGGAUGUGUGUUGUGUUGCAGCUAUUGCAAAUGUGCACUUGAACCAUCUGUCAAUCAAACUCUUGCCUAACCCUUCAGGAGAAGAGCGAAACAUUUUCUAUUAAGAAAAACCUUCAGUGCUUCUUUGCUCUUCUGUCUUUCAAUGAAGAAAAU